CGAACUCCAUCUCCCCGGUCUCUCUCCCUUCCAACUUCACUCUCAACGAACCGCCUGGGCAGGACGAGAGUCACUCGUUUAUCACUUUUCCCAAUUGGAAAUUUGAUCUUCACUUCCUGGCCAUUAUGGCCGAAUUACCCCUCAAUUCCCUACUAAAGGGUAACACCGGCAGGAACACUCGCGGCCUACUGCGCAUUAUCAUUCUAGGAACUAUUGCCGCUGCCGCUGUGUCCAGUCGAUUGUUCAGUGUUAUUCGCUUUGAAAGCAUCAUUCACGAAUUCGAUCCUUGGUUCAAUUUCAGGGCAACUAAAUACUUGGUUCAACAUGGCUUCUACAGCUUCUGGGAUUGGUUUGACGACAGAACCUGGCACCCUCUGGGACGUGUUACGGGUGGUACACUAUACCCCGGUCUGAUGGUAACCAGCGGCGUGAUCUACCACAUUCUGCGAUUCCUGACCAUCCCCGUUGAUAUCCGUAAUAUUUGUGUCUUGCUUGCUCCUGGAUUCUCAGGCUUGACCGCUUUGGCGAUGUAUUUCCUCACUUGUGAGAUGUCCACAUCGCCAUCUGCAGGUCUGCUUGCAGCUGCUUUCAUGGGUAUCGUCCCUGGUUAUAUCUCUCGUUCAGUUGCUGGCAGCUAUGACAACGAGGCUAUCGCCAUCUUCUUGCUCGUCUUCACCUUCUUCCUGUGGAUUAAGGCUGUCAAAAAUGGCUCUAUCAUGUGGGGUGCAUUGACCGCCCUGUUCUACGGCUACAUGGUGUCGGCUUGGGGUGGGUAUGUUUUCAUCACCAACUUGAUUCCUCUGCACGUCUUCGUUCUCCUUUGCAUGGGUAGGUACAGCUCGCGUAUCUAUAUCAGUUACACCACCUGGUAUGCUCUGGGCACUUUGGCCAGCAUGCAGAUUCCCUUCGUUGGAUUCUUGCCCAUCCGGAACAGCGACCACAUGGCUGCUCUCGGUGUCUUCGGCUUGCUUCAACUGGUGGCAUUUGCCGACUUCGUGCGAGGCUUCAUUCCGGGCAAGCAUUUCCAGAGACUCUUGACUACCAUGAUCAUUGUCGUUUUCGGCGUUGCAUUUGUGGGACUUGUUGUCCUCACCGUCUCUGGAGUCAUUGCUCCCUGGAGUGGUCGCUUUUACUCGCUGUGGGAUACUGGUUACGCAAAGAUCCAUAUCCCUAUCAUCGCAUCGGUCUCGGAGCACCAGCCUACCGCCUGGCCAGCAUUCUUUUUCGAUCUCAAUUUCUUGAUCUGGCUUUUCCCAGCCGGUGUCUACAUGUGCUUCCGUGAUCUCAAGGACGAGCACGUCUUCGUCAUCAUCUACUCCGUUCUUGCCAGUUACUUUGCUGGUGUCAUGGUUCGUCUGAUGCUGACCCUGACCCCUAUCGUCUGUGUCGCUGCUGCCCUGGCUCUCUCCACUAUCCUUGAUACCUACGUUCUUGCCAGCCCAGGCCCCAACCCCAAGGCGAAGGCUGUUGAGGACACCUCGUCGGAGCCCCUUCGCUCUGCAAGAAAGCCGGACGUUGGAGUCACAUCCUACCUCUCGAAGCUGGUCGUGACAUCGUCCGCGAUCAUUUAUCUUCUCCUGUUCGUUGCGCACUGCACCUGGGUCACUUCGAACGCCUACUCUUCCCCAUCCGUGGUUCUAGCCAGCCGGAUGCCGGAUGGAAGCCAGCACAUCAUCGACGACUACCGUGAGGCGUACUACUGGCUCCGCCAGAACACUCCGCACAAUGCCAAGGUCAUGUCCUGGUGGGAUUAUGGCUAUCAAAUUGGUGGUAUGGCUGACCGCCCCACUCUCGUUGACAACAACACCUGGAACAACACCCACAUUGCCACCGUUGGAAAGGCGAUGAGCUCCCGGGAGGAGGUCAGCUACCCCAUUCUUCGGCAGCACGAUGUCGACUACGUCCUGGUGGUCUUCGGUGGAUUGCUGGGCUAUUCCGGUGACGAUAUCAACAAGUUCCUGUGGAUGGUUCGUAUCGCCGAAGGUAUCUGGCCGGAUGAGGUCAAGGAGCGUGACUUCUUCACUGCUCGGGGUGAAUACCGUGUAGAUGAUCAAGCCACACCUACCAUGCGCAACAGCUUGAUGUACAAAAUGUCCUAUUACAACUACCACACCAUGUUCCAGGGCGGUCAAGCCGUGGACCGUGUCCGUGGUGCGAAACUCCCGGCGGAGGGACCCCAGCUGUCCACCCUCGAGGAGGCCUUCACCAGUGAGAACUGGAUCAUCCGUAUUUACAAGGUCAAGGAUCUGGACAACUUGAACCGCGACCACAGCAACGCAGUCGCAUUUGACCGCGGUCACAAGCGCAAGCGUGCGACCAAGAAGAAGGGCCCUCGUGUUCUGAGAACCGAGUAGAGGAGGGUUGUUGCUUGUUGUCUAUGUAGCAGAUAGAGUAUCCGGAACGAUGAAAGUGAUCCCUUGCGUACUAGAUGUUUCAUCAUAACCUGUAUUUGAUCGAGGACAUAAGCCAAACUAGCUGUGCAUCUUC